AUGUUGCACAAGUUAUAUGAUGAAGAAGAAAUAGAGGAAGAGAAAAUUGAAGAAGAAGAUGAGGAAGACGAUUAUGGUCCCAUCUACGGCACUGAUGGGGAAGGGGAAUUUUGCGAAAGAAUAAAUUUAUUGUUUGAAGAGGAAUUUAUUGAAAAAAUCACUUUCAUGGUUGGAGAUGAAAUUAUUGAAGAGGAUCAUGAAGAAAUUGAAGAAGAAAUAAAUUUUUUGCUUGGAAACGAAAUAGUUGAAACGUUUUUGAAAGAAAAUGAUUUUGUUGUUACAAACAAAAUUGGUGAAGAAAAGGUUGAAGAAUCCGAAGAGGUGGAGUAG